GCGCUGCAUUGCGGUGAGCUCCGCGUUCAAAUGGAGUGGUGCACGGGUCAGGCGUAGGAGUAGGAGGAGGCGAGUGGCGGACAAACUCCGGGGCAUUAUUUAUAGUAGGACGUUGUGGGUCCGUGAGGUUGGGUCGCAAUCACGGAAAAUGCGAGUCUCCGUGAGAAGUAGAAAGGCUGAUGGUGGAUAAGUCGCGUGGAGCGGAGAGCUGCACCGCGUCGCGAAUCACCUUACCAGGAACGAACGACUCCGCACUGGCUGGCAUCGCUGUAAGAAAGAAGAGAGAGAGAGCAAUGCCUUGGCGCGAACGCGGUGAAUCAGUCGAACGAUCAUUGGCGAGCUCGUGCGAGUCCCACAAAGGAGUUGGCACUUUGAAUUUUCGUUUUCGGCCACUUGCGCAACGUUAACACCAAGUGCCUUUUUGCUAUUUAAAUCUUCGUAAAUGAGAGGCAAGCUUGGGAUAGGGCUGGGUUUGAGCUCCGUGACUUUCGGCCUUUGAAGUGGGGAAUACAAUGGAGUACAAGGAUCGGGAGAAAAUCGACCGCUUGUGCAAUCAGCUAUUGCAAAGUAUCGAUAUUGAUAAGCUGUGGCCAAAGUUGUUGGAGAAUCAGGUUUACAAUAGGGACGAUGUUAAUAUUCCUAAUUGGCAGAAACAUUUGUCAAGCGUGGACACGGUGCGUGACAUAUGCACCACGAUAAAGACAAGAGGCCCACACGCAUACAAGAAUUUUAUUUUAAGCCUAAGUCAGUCUGGUCAUCAACCCAUAGUGGAUCAGUUAGAAAACCAUAGAUCUUCCAAUAUCAUUAGUAAUAGUAAUAAUAAUAAUAUAGGUCCAAAUAACGAAACUUCGAGUAAUUCUAUCGAAUCUGCCAAUAACUCCAAUUUCGACGAGCAUUCCAAAGAUGAUUACCAUACUAAGUUAGUUAAGAACUUUGAACCAUUGAGUAUAAAAGUUAGAAAAGCCGAUGUAUUUAAAGACGGGCCUGAGAUCAAAGAUAUAGAAAGAUAUCCGAUGCGAAGUAUACCUCGUGGCUUAGUUUUAAUUAUAACCAAUAUUGUGUAUGAAAUGGUUGAUUGUAGACCAAGCGCCAAGUACGACGAAGCCAAUUUGAAACAGCUUUUUGAGGAAAUGGGAUUUAAAGUCAUAAUACAUAGUAAUUUAACGGGAGAUCAAAUUAAGAAGAAAGUUAAAGAAUUCUCGAAAAUGAAGGAAUUGCGUCGUGUGGACUCAGCAUUUAUUAUUAUUUCAUCGCACGGCGCUGGCGAACAUGGCAGACAAGAAACCGAAAUUCAGGGCACGGAUUAUAAAUUGCCCAAUUACGAAACAGUAUUUUGUACAGAUAUUAUUGAUUAUUUUACUGCAGAACAGUGUCCCAAUCUCUGUGGUAAACCAAAGAUAUUUAUUUUUCAGACUUGCAGCGCUAAAAAAGAAAAAAUUGUUCAAAGGUGUUCUAAUGUAGCUCAAAACAACUUUAAUUCAAAUAAUCUAUCUACUUUUUCUUCAAAUUCUACCAGGGGCAUUAAACAUCAAAAAGCUGUUUCGAGAAGUGUCACUGACACAGUAACAGCCGAAUUCUCUGAUACCGAGCAACCAUACAAUUUAUCAUCUCGCAACUACGAAGACACAUUGAUUGCCUAUGCUACUUUACCAGGUUAUGUAUCCUAUCGAGAUACAUACAACGGUAGCUGGUUUAUUCAAAUUUUAUGCGAAGUUUUUAUGAAUUAUGCGUGUGAACGACACAUACAGGAUUUAUUUGUCAUGACUGAUAGGAGAUUAAAAGACUUACGAACUGCUUGUAAUAAGUGUCAGACCUUAUGGGUGAUAAAUCAAGGCUUUCAUAAGCACUGCUUUCUAAAUCCUGGACUUUUUCAUAAGUCUAGCGAAAUAAACUAGACAAAUAAUAUGCAUUUAUACAAAUUUUACCAAGUUUUUUACUAAAUAC